UCUUGCGAGGAUGGACAUCAGACUCGAUCUACUUUUACAUUGUAUAUCCACUGAAGAUGAUUUGAUCUCCAGUGUAGUUAAUUACUUAGCGGAACGUAUAAUGGACAACACGGACGAUUGUACUUAAUUUUCAGCUUAGACUCGGCGGAUAUGGCGCAUCAGUUUUUGCUACACAUGUAUAUGAAAAUUCCGAAAGUUAUUUGCUAUCUCGACACUUUCCAAGCGAACAAAUUCGUCAAAGGAGCGAAGAUAACCGAUUGGACGGGCUCAGUGCUCGAUUGCAUGAGCCAUUGUUUAUUGACUGCGUUGGCGGCGACCCCGAGGCAAAAAUCCUGGAACGCCAAGUCCCAAGAAUUUGAACUCUGCGCGAGAAAAAUGGCCGCGGUACAUCCUAUACUAGUGCUACGACAAUUGCCGAUGUUGGCAUCCUCCCUGAUGGGAAGAUGUUAUCUUGAUUUCGGUCAAUUUAGAUCCGGCCACCAUUUAAAUCUCUUCACUCAAGUAAUGGGGCUACUGGAGCUGUUGCAACCACAUUUGUUUAACGAGCAGCACAAAAUUCCCUUGGAAAACACAUUGGGAAAUUACUUCCAAUGCUUUCAGAAUUACGGCCAUGUGAAAGACCUCAGCUCCUUGUUGAACAGAUUCGUAAUAUUAUUACAGUCAUACAUAUCACAUGAUCCACAACGAGCAUUGAAAUAUCUACACAAGCAUGCACAAAUUCUGCAGUAUGUUGCUUUCUGUUAAAAUGCACAUAU